CACCCCCGGCAAGCUCCACUUUCCGUGCCGACAGCGCCAGGACGUUCCUGGCACGUCCAUCGUGCGCGUCCUUCCAUCGACUCUCCAUUAAACCCACGACAACGACGCGUGCAUUCGAUGCCGCUGGACUUGCAGUCCAUCAAGAGUGUCCUCGAAGCAUCGAUUGAGGACCUUGUCCGUGUGGCCGACACGAAAAUCAACUGGAACAAUGCCGCGUCCACGUCCGCUUCCAAGAAAGGCUACGUGUACCUCCCUGGAGUGUACGUGUGGGAAGCCGACAAGUCGUUCGUGCAACCAAGUGCCCGUCCGUCGUGUCCGCCAACUGCUCGCCCCGUGGAGGAUGCUCCUGUCAGCAACCAGUCGGUGGAUUCUGCUGUCGAUGGGUUGAAGCACACACCCAACGUCGACUCAGUCCAAGACGACGCUGCCGUUGCCAUCGACCACUUCCCACCCCCGUCGCCCGGCGACGGCGUCCCCAUGGACGACAACGCGGUCCCUCCUGGCGCCGUCGGUGGUGUCGAUACAUCGGACGACGUCGCCGCGACCACGGAAGCGUUGCCAACCCCGUUGACAACGCCGCACUCGGUCGUCGACAACUCGGUUGCGGCUUUUCUCAUGAACGACGAUGACAUUGCCAGCAUCGGGUACACGCUCGUCCUCCACGGCGACAACACGUUCGAGUACGUUUGGAAGCAAAAGCGGACGGGCGCGCGCCCGAUGGAGCACAAAGUCGAGCUGGCGGGGACGUGGCACACGCCCGUGCUGAAUCGGGACCGGUACGGCGAGCGCGACCAACGCGUGUUUCUCGACACUGGCCGCGCCCGGUUUCAACGCGUGUCGAAUUAUGACCCGGCGACGAACGCGUGGAAGCAGACGCUGCGAACGCUGACGCGGAACGGCGACGACUGGGUCGUGUGCGGCGAAAACGAUCGCGGCCUCCCGCCCAUGCGGAUGGUGUUCAACGUCCUCGAUAACCACGUGAUGGAGAGCAUCGGGGCGCAACUCCCCCACGACAUUGUGUCCCAUGGCAUCCCGAGCCGCGUCCUCGCCGGUCUGACCAAGAAAGCCGGGAUGAAGCUCGGCGCGCCGAUCGACGUCAUGACGGACAAGUGGCUCCCAUGCCGCAAGCUGUGCCUGCAGCCCGUCUCGCGCCCAGACAUUGUCGUCAAACCGUUCAACCCGCUCCUGUGCCUUGCCGACGCACUCAAGAAACGACGAAAGGCAGCACCGUCGCCACCCGCCCGCCCCAUCACGGUCGGUGCCCACCGUUAGCCGGUGCUGCAUCGAAAGCGAUUGCGUCGUCGUUUGGGACGUCGGACACCCAUCAGAGACACACCGUGUCGAGGGCGGCUCGCUAGAACGACAGGAUGGCCGCCGCACCAUGCACAUCCAAGUCUUCGACACACCUCCACAAAUAAAAGCCACUCCAUCUUCGUGUUCGCACACUCGCGUGGGUUGUGCGCCGCCGUCCAUCGAGUCGAUCGGGGACAACAACGA